AAGAUGUUUGGUUUUCACAAGCCAAACAUGUACCAUAUCAAGGGCUGUUGCUGUAUUUGCAGGGCUAAGUCCUCCAGUUCUCGAUUCACUGACAGUAAACGCUAUGAAAAGAAUCUCUAGAGCUGUUUUGUGUUGCAUGAGACUUGUUCAGGAGACAUCUGCAAUGCCUGUGUCCUGCUUGGGAAAAGAUGAAAGAAAUUGUCAGCAGGAUUAAAAAAAAAACAAACCUGGAAUCAUGUGGUAGAUGCAAGGGCUGGUCCCAGUUUAAAGACGACACUGAAACCAAAGAAAGCAAAAACCCUGUCUGGGAACAGGAUAAAAAGCAACCAGAAUAAACUGCAGAAGGAAUUUAAACAUCACAAUUCUGAUGUUCACAGUACCACCUCAAGUGCCCCCCCAGCUCAAUCUCCUUGUUACAGCCACCGUUCAGAUGAUGGCUCAGAUACGGAGAUGGCUUCUGGUUCUAAUGGAACACCAUUUCUUUUCUUUUCUUUUUUUUUUUUUUCCUUUUUAGAUCUCACAUCCUGGAAAAGACAGAGAAUAUACUGUGGGAUUAUCUAUAAAGACCGUUUUGGGGAAGUCCUCAUCGGCAUACAUCUAUUCAAGCAUUGUUGCAAAGAAGCAGCUGCUGAGAAGCCGAAGGAGGAGGGACCAGGGCCUCUGCCCAUCUCCACUCAGGAGUGGCGGCUGGAAUUUUUAUGUAGAAGGAGAACAAAACAUGAUUUUUAA